AUGAAAGGAGUGGAGUUUAUACUAUCAGUUCUGGCUAUGACUGACUCAUGGGAAGACAUGUUAAAUGGCAAGGAGGUGAAGUACGGUAGACAGGAAGGGGGGAGUGUGCACUUCAAAAGAACAAGGAAUGCUUCUCCUACAUGGAAAGGGGUGUUUGAUGCUUUCCAUCUGGUACUGAAAGGAACUACAUGGGUUAUCGGAAAUGGUAGGACGGUGCGUUUUUGGGAGGACCAAUGGAUCGAGGGGGUAGGAAGAUUAUCAGACCACAUAGUGAACCAAGUACCGGUGGAAUGGAAGUGGAGACCAGUUGCGGAUUUCGCAUCUUCAAAUGGUAGUUGGGACGUGGCGAAGUUUGCACCAUUCCUGCCAGCAGAAGUGGUGAUAAGAAUUUCUAGUAUUCCUCCACCAAUGGAGUGCUUAGGAUCAGAUAGGCCGCGCUGGAUGUUCGACAGAUCAGGUAAGUUUUCUGUGAAAUCGGCUUAUCUAUUAGCUAAUGAUGACACACAUUUGCAGGUUGAUAGAGACUGGGAAAGAGCGUGGAGAUGGAAAGGGCCACAGCGGAUUAGAACAUUCUUGUGGCUGGCACUUCAUGGGAGGUUCCCGACCAGUGAAUUGUGCAAGCAGAGGGGGGCUAGCGACUCUGAGAUGUGCUUGUGCUGCCACGGGGAAGUCGAAUCAACUCUGCAUGCACUACGUGACUGCCAACUAGCAAGGGAGGUUUGGAUGCAGGUGGUACCUGAGUCUCGAAGGCGAAGAUUUUUCCAUCAGCAUGCUAAAGAAUGGUUCAGAACCAACUUAGAAGCUGACGACUUUAAAUGGAGAAUGAAUUUUGGAUCUACUUGUUGGCUGUUAUGGAACUGCCGUAAUGAUAGAGUCUUUAAUGGAGCGACUGCGGCUGUAGGAAACAUUGUCAGGUCUGCUGUGCACAAAUCAGAAGAAAUUGCAAGAAGCCAGAAUCUGCUUAGAUGGCAGCAAAGCCGCAGUAACAGGGUGAAGGAGUUAGGCUGGAAAAAGCCACCUUCGCUAUGGCAAAAGGUGAAUUGUGAUGCGGCGGUCUGUUUGAAUUCUGGAAAAGCUGCUGUGGGAGGAAUCAUCAGGGAUGAUGCUAGCCGGUUCAUGGUAGCUUUUAACAAGAAUGAAGGAAUCUGCUCUGUGGAGACGGUUGAACUCAGGGCUAUCUUGCUGGCACUACAGGUGGCAAAACAACGGGGAAUUCCCAGGGUGGUUGUGGAAUCCGACUCUCAACUGGCGAUAGAACAAGUGAAUCGCCUAAGAGAGGAAGCUAGGACUCCCUUCGACCCUGAAUUAAGAAGUAUUCUCACUGUCUUGCAGGGGGAAUGGGAAGUCCAAUUUUUGUAUACGUGCAGGGAGAAUAACCUGUGCGCUGAUACUCUGGCUAAACAAGCCUUAGAUGUAUAUAGGGGUGUUUGCUUUUUUGAUGACCCCCCAGGCUCUAUAGCCGUGUUAGUAGAGGCUGAAUUGAGUUCACCCUCUGUUUUGUAUAUAGUCUUAGGUGGAGGUGACUCUGGGAUUAGUCUGUACCAAUUUCUGGCUUCAAAGGAUUUCCAGAAUUUUCAAAGGCUACAAAGGACGACAGCCUGUUGCUUAGUCAUCAUUACGCCGUUUAAAUCAGUUCUCCUUUAUCCUCCUCUGAGAAGGGAGAGGAAACCUGCGACUUCCAAGAUGGAAUAUUGGUUCUCAGAUCACUCCUCACCGGAAACUCUUGAAAACACAGGUAACAAAGGGAGAUCACUGACCGACAGUGAUGGCAUUGCAAGGAGACAGCGCCGCCAAAACGUGUACCGCUCACAUAGGCGAGGCCUCAGGAAUUACAGCUGGGAGAAGAUGCAAACAUAUGUCGGCAACAACUGGGACGGCCAGACCAUAGUUCUACACAAGGUGAAGAACUUCUUUGUUUUCAAGUUUAACUCCAGAGAGAUUCUUAAGAUGGUCUUAUACAGCAGUCCGUUCACGGUGGACGGUGGUCUGCUUGUUUUGAGUCGAUGGUAUCCAAACAUGUCUUUGGACAAUCUGAGGAUAGAGAGAAUUUCUAUGGGGAUCUGCCUCUAUGGGCUCCAUGUGGAAUGCACUAGUGGCUCCUAUGCGACCAAAAUGGCAAGGAUGAUUGGCGACCCACUCUCUGUGAGGGCAAGUGAAAUGGAUGCAAGGAAGGCAACGUACCUAAGGGAGAAAGUAGCAAUGAAGCCUUACGACCCACUCUCAUCAGGUUUCUAUUUAGAUUUAUGGAAUGGGGACAACAUUUGGAUUAAAUGCAGCUGUGAUAGGUUGUAUAAAUUCUGCCAAAGGUGUGGUUUAGUUGGUCAUGCCAUGGAAAAUUGCAGCAUUGACCGGAAUGAAAAACUUGACCAAUAUCUAGAUGUAAGUUUUGGUCUCAAUGGGGCUGAAAGGAACAUGGAUUGCAAAAGAGAUGAACAGAGCAACCUUUUUCCGAUGUAUAUGCGGAUGACUGAAGGUCAGGUAAAUAAGAAAUCUACUCAACUAUCACCAGAGUAUAUACAUAAGCAUUAUCAUGUCUUCCGGGUGAUGCGAGAAGAGGAUAUCUUAGACGGAUUUGUGUAUAGCAACCAGCUAGAUGGGAACUCCGGGGAACAGGCUCACAUCUCCUUUGACUUGGAGCUGAUAAAAAAUCAUCGCAGGUAUGCGGUUCAGAAGGUAGGUCAUGAUUUGAAUAGCAAUGAUAAUAUGCAGAUUGAUAGCCUUGAACCGGUGGCAAGGUCUAAUACGGAUGGUUUUGGAGGUUUUGGGAGAGAGGAUGGUCUCGGAAUGGUCGCAGGAGGAGGUAAACCGUCUGUGACGUGGGGCCAGGUCAAUAAUAUGCAAACUAAUACAAUAAGGAACAAAAGCAUCAGGUCCAGGGCUAAUAUGGCAGAGACGAGAAUCUGGUCCGAUCCACAGAUCACACAAUCUUUUCGUUUUGGACAGAGGAAUAAUCAGGGUAGAGAUUUGUUACGUGGAUGCCAAGCACAAGUUUCACGAAAUGGCAGAACCAGGCUGGUUAUCACCGGAAUCAGAAUCAGGAAGCGGCAUAAUGGGGCAGAGAUUGGAAUGGAGGAGAAAUGGCGUGGCAAACGACCAGUUCCAGAUCCAGUGGACAAGACAACUUUUAAAAGACAGCAAAGGAGGGAGGCGAUGAUGAGGGCAGUCCUGGAACGUCCUGCUAGGCCAGUUGUGCUCAGAGACGCCCUAACACUGGCGGGAAGGGUGACCAGAUCUCGCCAAAGAAGACUGUCAGAUUUCGAUACUGAAGCGAGUGGGGAGAAAGGAUCAAUAGGAUAG